UAUUCUACCGUAUGUCGACUUCAAAGUUAAUGAUUGUGAAUUCGAACUACCGAACUGCGAUGGCAAGUGGUGUGUGAAAGCGAUGCAAGUGCGAAUUAAAGCUAUACGACAUCCACUUUAAACGUGGAAACAGAGACCAUCGGGACCGUUUACGUGAGAUUUUUUUAGAGUUACAUUAGUCAUGGGUGUUGUGCUGUCUGCUACACGACGCGCGUUAAAUCGUUUUAACGUUGAAAAUCGAGCAAUGAAAGAAAUUUCUAAGGAGAAACCUACGCCAGCUCCCAGGCACCCAUCGAUGAGCCUCGCUAUUGAAAAAAUGGCAAAAGAAAACACAGAUGUGCUAAACGAUGAAUUGACGAAAAAUACUGCCCUCGAUAGUCGUUUGAAGCAAGUGUUUGUUACUUCCAAGGAUACGCAGCCUGAAGUUUCAGAAUCUACUCGCCCACUACCUCAGUCACGCAAAGCAGUAGAGUCUCCUGAAUUUGGAUUUGAAGAACCAGCAAUGAUUCCACGAGGGCGAUUUAGUUUACGUCAAGCCCUUCAGUUUAUUACACUCCAUCAGGAAAACCCGAAGGAAAAGACUCCAGCUUUAUUAGCUAAAGAAUACAACUUAGAUCCUGUUAUCAUGGAGAAAAUUCUUACCUACUACAAAACAUUUGAAGUUUAUAUACCUGAAACAAAGGGAAAGUCACGAGGAAAUGCACUGGCAGAACCAGUGAAGUCACCACAAACGGAAUUGCAAGCUGGAAAGACAUAGCUAGUAUUGAAAGACAUUUUUUCUGUAUUUAUUUGUAAAUAAUUUGAUUAGUUUUUGCAAAUUUGUUGUAAGCAAAUUUAGAACUAUUUAUUUACUGUCAUACAGUGUCAUAUUUACAAUUGUUUUUGCUAUGAAGCAAUUAGAUAUGUAUGGUAUGUAUGUAAUUAAAGAGUGAGGAAAAAAGUGUGUGCCUUGCAUGCAGAGCCUAAGCACUCUGUUUGCUGCCACUGCUACGUUGUUAAGUUUGUGAAUAUCAAGACGGUGAUUAUUCCACAACUGCAAAGACAGUGUCAAAGAAAACAGCAUGAUCCUUUGUGCCUCUGCACACAAAAUAUGAAUUAUCAUUGAUAUUUGCUAAGAGGAGCUUCAAUUUACUUAAACAAGAACUGAAAGUAACUUGAAGCAUGUCUCAGAAUCAUUAGCUUUCAAAGUUACAUAUGCUAGGAAAGAGGAUGAAAGAAGAGAGGGGCAGAAAAAAGAUGGCCUAAAGCACGGUGUAAAUAGAACAGGAAACAAGAGAAGGGUGAAACACAGGGAGGAGAUGAAAGUUAAGAUUAGGAUGAAGUGGAUGGCAGGAAUGAGUUACUUUUUCCAAAAGUCAGAAGCUCUAGCUUGAGUAGAUGACACACGUAUGACCUGAGUGGUGAAAAAUGUAUCUAGGUAUGUGCUGUUCUGAUCCUUAUCAUGUGUCCUAUCAGAGUAAAAUCUAGGAUAAUUUAGUCUGACUUCGUACAGUAGGUAGAUUGCUCACUUGCCUUUUGAUAUCAGUCUAAUAAACUUCCAUAAAGUGUCUCACCAAAACAAUCAAUUGUUAAAUAAUUCAGUAUGAUUGAAGGAAAAAAUGACCUUCAUUUUAAUUGGUUGAUUGGUUAAUGAUUUGUAAAGAUAUAGUACUGCAGUUUGACUAUUACCUAAAACGAAUAAACUCGUAAGGCUUAAAAUAACACUGUUAGCGUUUUGGUAAUUGUUGUUGUCUGAUGUCACUUUCUUUAAAAGUUACUGUAACAUCAGACAGCUCUCAUUGUCUUUGUGAUUUCUAAUCCUUGUUGAUUAAGUAAGUAUAUAUUGGAAAGUGCA